AUGGUACGAGAUGCAGCACGACAUCUGGACGCUGACAGCAUUCACAAAGCAUCGAUGUGCGCCAUGGCCAAACUGCAUGUGACGGAGAACUGCUCUGAGGUGGUCAACCAGGCGCUACAAAUGUUUGGUGGAUACGGUUAUCUGAAGGAUUACCCUAUACAACAGUACUUACGAGAUCUGCGGGUUCAUCACAUCUUGGAAGGCUCGAACGAAAUAAUGCGAUUGAUUGUUGGCCGUGAUCUUCUUAACAAUCAAACGUACGGUCCGAUGUAA